AUGGCGCUCUCUUACACGGCAGACGCUGGCCUCUCCAAGUUCACACAUCUCGGUCGCCUGUUGGUCCGAACCGCGCUCGCCUUUAUUCUUCUCUCCACCACACUGCAGACUCUUCAAAGAGUGCGGGAUGAUGAUUACAAGUGCAAGUCACUCUUCCAUUCUGGUUCCUGGGGCACUAGCUCCAACACCAACCGCCCCUUCCUCCAGUGGAUCCCCGAUGAUGGCACCGUCCACGACUACACGCGCGACGACACCGUUUCAUGCCUCCGAGGCCGACGCAUUGUAUUUGUUGGCGACUCGUGGAUUCGACAAUUAUUUUGGGCUGCAAGCACUCACUUAGACCAUUUUAAGCAAGAAGUUGCCACUCUCGAUUUUCAUCUCUCGAGCGAAAAGGAGCGUAAUUUGGCCCUCGAAGCAGAGGGUGUGAGGCUCGAGUUUAUUUGGGACCCAUGGCUCAACUCCACUAAUCUAGCCCGGGAAUUGGCCCGCUUCACUCCGGUUGCCGAAAAUGACGAGAAGCGUCAUCCCAACGCCGCGAUUGAUGCGCCGGCCCUGCUCGUUGUUGGCACGCCAGGCAUGUGGGCAAUGAGGCAUGGCGGCGCCGAGUCUAUGAACACUUUCCGUACCGGAGUCGACUCGUUGUUGCCCUUCCUCAAGUCAGACCUGGAUCCUUAUACUAACGGCAUGUACGGUGCGCAACAUCAACCAUUCGAGGCCAUCCCGAACCAACUCAUCGUCGUCCCUGUCCCGAUUCCCUACUACAAGCGCCUCACCCCCGCGAGAAAACAAACCAUGACUCCGGAAAAGGUCCCUGAUGCUUACAACGUGAACGGGAUCCACGUUACCAAGGAUGUACGGGAGAAGGCGUUUAACCUCUUGAUCAACGCCCGGUGCAACGCCGGUCUUAGUCCUAGAGUGGAGGGCGUUCGGUCGCUGGCCUGCCGUGCUGCCGAGAGCUCGACACUCAUCCAAUCCGUAAUUGUUCUUGUAGGAAUCGUCGCUACCCCCUUGGCUUGGUUCAAGUCUCGGGGCGAAACCCCCACCGUCGCUUCAGUUUACGCAGCGGUCGCCCCGCUCUCGCUUGCCGCGCUUCUCUGCUGGAUGACCGAGAAGACAACCAUCUUCACCAAGAAUCUUCGAGACUGGGACCCGGCGCAGUUCGCGUUCCAGAUCGUCGCCUUCGCCGCCAUCUCUUUUAUAACGCUCACGAACCGGCAAGAUACUGGACGACCAUCCGCCAAGGCGCCACCCGCGAUACCUCGAGAAUAUUCCGACGAGUUGAAGGGCCUCCUCCAGGUCGUGAUCAUUUGGUGCGGACAGUACGAUGCCGUUUCAAACCUUGGCGUCUUCAAAAUAUUUCGAAUCGCCAUCGCCGCUUAUAUCUUCCUGUCUGCGUAUGGACACGCUACGUACUUGCUGUCUACUAGUGACUAUUCCUUCCGCCGCAUUGCCACCGUCCUGCUUCGUUUCAACUUGCUCAGCUGUGUCCUCGUCUUUACAACGUCGGCCCCUUGGACGACGUACCACUUCACGGCUGUGGUUUCGUUUUGGUUCUUGGUAACUUAUGCAGUGCUCGCAGUUCAUAAACCGGCGAACGGCAAUAUCCCCGCGCUAUUCCUGAAGCUUAUGGCGAGCGCCAUCGUGGUCAACCUGGUGAUACUGCGAUCCGGCCUUGUCGAGACCUCGGUCAAUAUUGCGAACGCCAUUUUGCGUUCGAGCUGGGAUGGGGGCAAGCUGUCCCGUGAGCUUGCGGUGGAUAGCAUUACUCCGUUUAUCGCGAUACUCUCGGCUGCUCUUACCCAUCGCGCUGCGCAACUCCGAACCCACGACGCCCCCGUUCCAAGUGAUUUAAAGCCGUCCCUCUUAUCCGAAUUCCUCGACGACGUUAUCAGCGCUAUCGCCGGUCACGAGUCCCCACGCUUCGGUGCCGGUCAGCUGGCUAAGUCGAUCUUUACCGCCUUUGCCGCCUUCAUUUUGGCGACCAUGGCCUUGGUCUUUUCCAAUGUCGUCAUCCGAUACCGUGAUACCGCAGAGUUAUGUCACCCGCUCCUCUCGUGGGUUCCAAUCGUGGCAGCCGUGUACAUUCGUGGCACUUGCCAAGGGCCUUAUCUUGCAUUCCCGGCUUUCCUCGGCAAAAUCGCUCUCGAGGUAUAUCUGUUGCAGAACCACCUCUGGCUUGUCGGUGGUGGCACGGAUAUCCUCAGGUUAUGGCCUCGCAGGACCGAUCCUUCCAUACUGUACCUCGGCAUCUAUUAUAUUCAGCGCAUCUUCAUCACCAUCGCCUUUCUCUGGAUCGCGGCCAAGUGCCACGAUGCUACCCGCGCUGCCGUCGAUCUGAUCGUUGGCGGUGACGCCGCGGAGCAGCAAGACCUCGAGGCUUUGGAUGCCGACCUCCUCGAGAGCAAGGGCGCCGAAAUCAAGCUUCUAAAAGCCCAGAUCCAAGACCACGAAGUGAACGUGAACCAGUGGACGCAGGACCCGAAGUGGCGGUUUGGCGUCUUCCUCGGCGUGCUUUGGGUUGCGAACCUAUUGUACGAUCUCUAA